UUUUCCACAUGAUUUACAUUGUUUUCCCUUUGCAAGACAGGAAGAUUGACCUCACGUAUGUGGGUAUGCGCCUCCACAAUUGUAGCAUGUGCGGUUUGUUUAGUUUAAGCUGGCCGUGUUUGUGCGAUCUGUGCUGGGCGAUGCGGUUCACAAUCGCGUGGUCUGUAAAUGGGUCAUCAGUGAGCUUGGCUUGUUCAAUGCCUGUAGCAUGCAGCUCGGAAGUUUCUAGUGUUUUACUGAAAGCUAACAGUUCGGUCAAGGAGAGUCUCCUGUCUGCAUGCUCUGUUUCUAUUGGACAAGAACAAAGCAAGACAAACCAGUGUGCCGAUCUGGUUGGUGAAGACCAGCCUCUCUGCUCAGACCUCCCAGAGCUCGACCUUUCUGAACUAGACGUCAGUGACCUGGAUGCAGAUAGCUUUCUGGGUGGACUAAAGUGGUACAGUGACCAAUCAGCAAUCAUUUCCAAUCAAUAUGGCAAUGAAUCAUCUAACUUGUUUGAGAUAGAUGAGGAAAAUGAGGCCAACUUGCUGGCAGCUCUUACUGAAACCCUGGACAGUAUCCCAGUGGAUGAGGAUGGAUUGCCUUCAUUCGAAGCGUUGGCAGAUGGGGACGUGACCAAUGCCAGCGAUCCCAGCCGCCCAUUGACACCCGAUGGCGCCCCUCCAACCCCAGAGGCAGAAGAGCCGUCUCUAUUGAAGAAGCUCCUGCUGGCACCAGCUAACUCUCAGCUCAGUUAUAAUCAAUACACAGGUGGCAACGCACAAAAUCAUGCACCUAAUAAUCAUAGAAUCAGACCAACCCUUGCUGUUGUCAAGACGGAAAAUGCUUGGAACAGCAAGGCGAGGGCAGGCUGCCAGCAGCAGCAGCUGCAGGACAAGCGGGUGAGGCGCCCGUGCUCAGAGCUACUCAAGUACCUGACUGCCAGUGAAGAGCCUGUACACACCAAACCUAGUGAACAGAAAAGCAUCAGCAGUAAGGACAAAAGCAGCGCUUCGUCGUCAUCUUCUUCUUCUUCUUCUUCUUCUUCCUCAUCCUCCACCAAAAAGAAGCCGCAGCUGCAGUCUCAGCAGCAGUCGCAUCACCAGCAAGCCAAACCAACCACCUUGCCACUUCCUUUGACCCCAGACUCUCCAAAUGACCACAAAGGAUCUCCGUUUGAGAAUAAAACCAUUGAACGCGCAUUGAGUGUUGAGCUUUCUGGAACAGCAGGUCUGACACCUCCCACCACUCCACCUCACAAAGUCAGCCAAGAUAAUCCUUUCAAGCCUUCAAUGAAGCCCAAGUCAUCGCCAUGCAGCUCUUCAGCCCCCCCAUGCAAAAUGCCAUGCUACAGUGAUUCCUCCACCUGUUCCCUGGCAAUCAGCCCAGUAAAGAAGGGUCCUGAACAAACAGAACUGUACGCCCAGCUUAGCAAGGCAUCCGCAUUGCCUGGGGGGCAGGAAGAGCGAAAGGGGAAACGUACCACCACGCGUUUAUUUGGUGAUCAUGACUACUGCCAGUCCUUAAGCACAAAAGGGGGCGUUUCCUUUAACCGGUCGCAGGACCCGCAGGAUGACAGGCAUCAGGAAUGUAGAGACUCCCCAUCCUCUGCUGUGCAACAGCGGAGUCAUUUCUUGCCUGAACAUGACCAGCGGAACAGUAGGGAAGGGAGGCAACAACAACAGCAGCACCAUGAAGGGAAGCAGGUUGACAACAGCCACUCGAACAGCAGGAAACCGCUUCGAGACCAAGAAAUCCGGGCGGAACUCAACAAGCACUUUGGUCACCCCAAACAAGCCAUUUACAUUGAGGAGGUGGAAAAGGCCGUCAGCCGCCAGGCAGAGAGGGACUCUGGAGAUGAGUAUUAUUGUAAACUGCCCGGGUGCAUCCGCCCAGGCCUCCCCUUGGAAGGGAUGUUCGAUGACAGUGAGGACGAGAGUGACAAGUUCCUGUACACCUGGGACGGGACCCAUUCGGACCUCUUGUUUGAAGGCUCUCCUUCCUGCUCCCCUUCCAGCAGCUCCCCUUCACGGGGCUCAGUUUCUCCACCCAAAUCCCUCUUCUCCUCACAGCGUUUUCACCGGCCCAGGUCGACUUCCCGCUCCUGGUCUAGGUCCAGGUCCCACCCCCGGCGACGGUCCUACCCCCGAUCUCCGUACUCCCGUUCAAAAUCGAGGUCCCCAUACAGCAGGUCCUCAUCACGAUCUCGACACGACAACGAUUCAAGCCACAGUAGACCCAGGUCCCACAAAAGUCCUCAUUCACAUUCACGAUCCCGAUCUAGGUCCCCCUACAACCGGAGGCCCAGGUAUGAUAGCUACGAGGAAUACCAGCACGAGAGGCUAAAGAGGGAGGAAUAUAAACGGGAUUAUGAAAAACGUGAAUACGAAAGAGCGAAACAGAGAGAGAGACAGAGGCAAAAAGCAAUUGAGGAGCGCCGUGUCGCGUAUGUGGGCAGGCUCAGGUCUGACAUAACCCGCACAGAGCUGAAGCACCGCUUUGAAGUUUUUGGCGAAAUCGAAGAGUGUACAGUAAAUCUGAGAGAUGACGGGGACAAUUUUGGUUUCAUCACCUACCGCUAUACUUGUGAUGCCUUCGCUGCCCUUGAAAAUGGACACACCUUACGCAGGUCAAAUGAACCUCAGUUUGAGUUGUGCUUCGGGGGACGCAAGCAGUUCUGCAAAUCUAAUUAUACAGACUUAGAUUCCCAUUCUGAUGACUUUGACCCAGCUUCCACUAAAAGCAAGUAUGACUCCUUGGAUUUUGACAGCUUGCUGAAGGAAGCACAGCGUAGCCUGCGUAGGUAACAAGCCCCAAACUUGCCAUCGACAGAGGGAUUCCUAAUGCCUCAUGGAUGUUCUGUAAUUCAGCAAUGAGAGACUAUCAGAAGUUUGGAACACUACGUAUCGAAAAAAUAAAUAAAUAACGUUUACAUGAACAUAGCUGUUGAAGAACUGAGAAGAAAGAGUAUUGAACCAACAAAACUUCCUAUCUGAACAGAGAACACAGUGCUUUGGAACAUGAAAAAUGUGGACUGAAGGCCUUCCAUGUUCUACAAACGAACAGCUUUUUUGACUUGUGAAUAUGUGCAGCUUGUUCAGUUGUGUUUUUUUUUUUUUCCUGAUGUUUGGAUGUGGUGUUACACUAUUAAUAAGAGUUGGGAAUACAUAACUGGGGUGAUUCAGAUAUCUAUAUUUACUACAUUGUGCAAAAAUGUAGUUACAUAUUUACAGAUGUUAAAUGGAAUUUUUUAUUUUAUUUUGUGUACAUAUCUGACAAAGUUCUUUAUUUGUUACAGCUAUGCACUGUAAAAUGCAGCCUUCUUUUCAAUGAUGCUGACAUUUUCUUAAUCAAGAAUGUUCAACUGUAGUUAUUACGAUGAUAGUGAUGACGAUGGUGACCUGAGACACUUAUUGUACCCAAACAUGUUUAGAAAUACAGAUGCUCUGAUCUGAUUGUAUAAAUAUGCGUGUGUGGAUCUGGGGAGCACAUGAACUCCUUCUUUUCUUUUAUUUCAUAUGUCAAGGCUGUUGUUACCCAUGUCUGCUGGAGUUUGUGUACGUAUUUUCUCUGUUGCAUAGUCAGUGCUCUACCACAUAUUGUAAAAAUACAUAUUGUAAAAUACAUAUCUAUCUAUCUAUCUAUCUAUCUAUCUAUGUCUGUCUGUCUCUAUCUAUCUAUCAGCUUAGGGAACUGUAACAUAUUCAGUGAUCACUUUAUUUAUUUUUUUUCCACUAUGCAUUGCCCUCUUCUGUGGCAUAUACCUGUUAUUGGUAAUCAUUUUUUUUUUCUCAGCCCUAUUUAUCAAUAUUUAUUUUUACAAAAAAAAAUUUGUACGUUUUAAAACAUGCAUAACCUGCAUUAUAUUAAACUAUUUAUUCUGUUAAUUAUUUAAUUAAAUAUUUAAUCAAGGAGGGGGAAAAAAAACAUGUAUGCAUACAAGUUAAGCAUAGUGUUCCUUUUAUGCCUUUUUGUUUUAUAGAUGAUCAAAUCAUAAGUUAACCUAGCUGGAUACAACUGCAUUUGUUCUGUUCAGAGUUCACUGUCUAUAGCUGUCACAGUUUGCUUUAUUUUGGAUCCUGAUUUGUGUUAUUGUUUAUUUAGAUACAUUUUUAACAGUCAUAAAGCAAUAAAUACAAGUUUUGACCUUGUUGUACUAGUAUACUCCUCAAUCACUGCUCUUGCUGUUGUUUUGUAGAUAACAACGCCGGUAUUUUAACUUGCUUCAAUAUGUGAAUGCCAAACAAAGGUUUACAAUUUUCUUUCCUGGAUUUUUAAAUCUUCUCUUUGAUGUAAUAAUAAUAAUAACAAUGAAAGAAAAAGAAAAAAAAAACAAAGCAAUAAAUUAUUUUUUAAAAAUCACAUUUUAACUUAUUACGUUGUGUGUAUCUGGACCGGACGCAUUACCCAGUUUGCUCGCCAAAACAUGUUAGGAGUUUAUUCCAAUUUGUUUUAGCACAAUGUCCUUUUAAUAAUGUUUGACAGAUAGUCUAGGUGUCUGUGUCAGCAUUUUACACUGUAGUUAAUAUUCAUGUUGUCUUUCCUUUCAUAGCAAAAAAUAUAUGAGAUUGAAUAUUUUGGAAGAUUAAGUAUUCCCUAAUAUAGAUGCUCAAUCCUCUUUAAAAUACUGAAUUCACCUGCUGAUGGUUGCACUAAAUUAACCAUACCAGUGAUCCAUUCCUUUCACAACCCUAAACUAAAUUGUGUAUCCUUUGGUGUCUGGAAUUUACUUGCAGUGAUGUCUGGAUAUCAAAGUACCCUUUUAGUGUUUGACAAAAGGCAGCCUACAAUGAUGUCCCGUUGAUUGUGCUUCCUUAUUGCACUUAGCGUUCAGGUUAUGAGAAAGCUAGAUUUACAUCAAAAGUUCUGGAAAACCUCUGGACAAAAGCUUAUUGAUCACUGUAUACUUUUCAUGAAGUCAGCCUGUGUAGAUGAAAGCUCUUUAUUUCAGGUUAUACAAGACAACCCCCAGUAAAAUAAUAUGAAUACCUUCUUUUUUUGUCCUGUCUGGAGCUUGGGUAAUGGUGUCCUGUCCCAUUUGAUAGCUGUGGCUUUAAUCAUUGUAAUAUAAAAUCUGCUUUGUAAAUUGCCUAGAGUAGCAAUAUAAUAUAACACUUGAUGAUUCAAGAUUUUAACUGAGUGACAGACUUUUUAAUAAUGUCAAAUACUGGAAUAUGGCACUGCUUUAACGUUUGUGGGUGAACGUCUUUAUGUUAUUAGGACUAUACUGUGGGAGAGGGAGUGAGAGUUGUCUAUUUGUGUCCUAUCCAGGUUGCCUUUCAUCCGCCAACUCUAUACCAAUACCUUUGUGGUUCUACCCAUUGUAUACAAUUCUUGUGAAUUUUUUUAUGUGCAAGUCUCAUCAGCCUCACCAAGCUAAUAAAGGGAAACAGCUGUUUCAAUGAAUUUA